CCCGUAAAUUUAAAUAUAUUAUAGAUUUAUGUGGUGUAAAUCAGUUCUGUUAAAUUACUUUGAAUCUAUCUUCAAAUCGUAAAAUCCCACUAAGGGUAAUACUUUUUUCUUUCUUCCUUCCAUGCAUUGCAUUCCAUUAUUAAUGGAACGCAACAUUUUGCCUGGCGGGAUCAAUACCCAUUACUCAGCUGAACAGUCCAGCAAAAAGCCGGGUGGUAGAAAAAAAAAUACGCUCCCAACGGCAAUCCAAUCGUCCGCGUCCGGUCAUGGGCGGUAAGAUAAGUUGCAAAAGAAAUAUCAAAUGUUUAAAUAAUUUUAAUAGCCACCAUUUCACAAACGGCAAUCACGAACAACCACACACAAAUACACUCCAUAUGGUUCUGCAUCUCGAACAGUCAUUUGAGGUUUGCCGACUGCUGUUGCAAUUCCCUCCGGACGUACCAAGUCCAAGUGGCGCGACCUUGAUCGGUAGCAACAAAACGUCCUUACGUAAGCCGUAUCCACACCGUUCCGUAAUCUUCCAUCCUAACGGAUCGAGAUUCCGUGCCUAAACUCUUCCACAAAGAAGAUGGUGACCAUUUGGUCGAUUAACCAUCACUUCGAUGGAUAUGCAACGGGGAUGGACAAAACAGUACUGAGAUGUUCAGCGGUUCUUUGGGGUAAAAGAAAACACUAAACCCUCAUCGGUUCGCUGUUCUGCUGUGAUUUAGUCUUUUGGGUUUAGUGCUUUGUCGUUUUUUUUUGCUACAUGUUUUCUCACCCGAUUACAUACCGAACCGUGCAGAUGGUGCAGUUUUGCAGAACCAUACGAUCGCCCAGCUCGCUAGAUGAUAUUUUAAUGAUAAUUAUACGUGCUUUCUACUGUGCAAAAGCCGGAGGGAAAUGAAUAUUUAUAAGUGCAUCUAGUGAAUUCCGCGGUCGGUUUAGCGUGUGUGUUUGUGUGGCAGACGCGCCCUGCGCAGGAAUUGCAUAUUAAUUGGUCAUUUGUCAACCCCCGUUUCGGUGCCGUCGCGAUCCCUGGCUCCGUGGGUGAACGGGGUGAUCAUUUUUCUUCAUAUUUCUCCAGCAAAUCCUUACGGUGUGUAUCGGGCUGCAGCAUCGGAGCGAAAUGUUUUUGCAGGCGUGAAAAAUCACACAAACGUUCACGGCCAUGCUACAAAAUCCUUCCAGUUUUUCACGCCAUCAGGGUUUGAGGGUUUAGGAGCCGGGUCUAAAGAUGGCGUUGAGAUAGUGUGAAUCGUUGCAUUCGGUCGGUUUUUGCAAAAGUGAUGAAACAUUUCAAGCGUGGCUUAGUGGUUUAACCAUGCAUCCGUAUCUUUAUAAGCUUCUGAUUGAUGGUUUUAUGAGGGAAAUAGUUUUGCCGUUUUGCAACACGAGAAGAAACUUUUACCAAGAGAGAUGUAUUACAUUUAAAAAAGAAGUGGGUUAAUAAAAUUCAUAACCAAUUUUUUUUCUUACCCACCAACGGUGAUGUAUUUCCAUCGCCCAUUAUCUGGCCGGAAUUAACAACGCAUCACUUUAAGUGGUAUAAAAUAGUUGCUCAUCUGCUGAGCAUUUUUCGCAUGAUUUAUUUAUAAAGGUGUCGAUUGGUCCCUAACGAACCCAAGGCAGCCAGAUUCUAUCGGGUGUAGUAGUACUUUCAUGAAAUUAUCUCUUUCUAUUCGAUGACAUUUUACUGUCCCGCUUAGGUUUGCGAUUCAACUGUCACCGCACGAUGAUUAACUUCCACCUUAUUUUCUCUCAAUUUUCCGUUUUCAGACCUACACACUGCAGUACUGCUUAUCACUCGAAGUAGAAGCGGAAUUUCAAACCAAAACAAAAACCCACCAGCUAGACAAGUUUCUCUGCUAGCAGACGGCCAGGAUCUGGGGUUUUUACCCCUUUUGCGUAAAAGCAAUUGGCAUGCUUCCCGGUGUUGACCGGUUUGCCGCAAAAUUCUUCCAGAGUGAAGGAUCGCUCGUAGACACUGUGGUUGUGUAGAUGAAUGAUCACCGGCAAGCCAGUGAACCAUGCUACAACGUCCACCGCCGGCAGCGAACGGUUGCUGACCAUGGCACGGUCGCGGCAGAUAGUCCUCGCGCCUGAAAGGUAUGCCGAGGGCAGUACAUACCGUCACCCGGUCCGGGCACCGGGACACACCGGACGGUUGCCGCUUGGACGUGAUAAUUAUCCCGCAUUACCGACACGUACGACGAAAACUGGCCGGCAAUAUCUGCACUGGUGCUUGCUGGUGGUGAUCAUCUGCUGGGGCGGGUUCGGAUGUGAUGCGGCGGCAACACCGGUCAAGAGUCCACUGUCCUCAUUCGGGCGGGGUCCACCAAUGUUUAAGCGAAUGGGUGGCCUAACCGAUUCGGGCAGGAUCUCAAACCUGACGCGUCUUCACAGUGGUGAUCUGUUUUAUACAUUUGAAUCGGAAAAAUGUGACACAGAUACGUGCGUGGGGCUGUCGAGCGGUACGGCGGAACUAUCGAUUGGUGGCGAUCGGACCGGCACCGGCACGGUCAACGGACCCCACCGUAUCCCCGGAAGUACGGACCACAUCAAAGAAAUCGACAUGUCAUCGGAUGCGGGCAUCGAGUGCAAGUGUCAAUGUUUGCCGCACCUGAGCACCUACCGGGAAGAUCUCGGCAUCUGUGUGGACGAUAUUAGAGAAUGCACUCUAGCGCCGUUCAUCAGUGGAUCAAGCUCGGAGAAGAUACCGUUCGUCUUUUUGCCACACCGUGGCCAAAUCGUUCAUCCGAGCCGUGAGAUUGGAUUUCCCGGUGUCAAGAUGCCGAUGUGUGCCGUGUCUGCUGCCCAGUACCUAACCACCAACGGUUGGGCAGAGCUGCGUAACCCGAUCGACACCGACGUCCCGUUUCGGCUGUUUCGUGACGAGGGCCGCAUCUACCUGCAGUGGCUCGGUGAACCGGAGCUACGCCAGCGGAUGCAGGGCCGACUGGUGCUGGUGCAUCUGAUGUGCCGCGACAUGACACCCCGCCUGUUGCUGGAGGAUAGCCGGGCCGCUCUUCAUCACGAUGACAUGCAGAUGCCGAAUCAAAACAUCUUCACGCCGUGCAUCGCUUUCCGCGUCGUUGGGACACCGAUCAAAUACGUCACAAAUGUGACUGAGGUAUCGUUCGCCUCCGAAACACACAUCGAACAGCAGUCCGGCCUAUCGACGAAGGAGUACAUUGUGAUUGCGGUCUGCAGUUUGUGUCUGGGCCUGAUCUAUAUCGCUUCGGUUUUUCUCUACAUCCACAUGAAGAAACGGAAGAGUAGAUCGGGCUCGAACGAUGAUGGCAAUGGUUUGAAAAAUGACUACUCCACCUACCAGCAGAAUGAUCAGGUCACGUUCGGUGUUGGCAUGGGUGCCGCCGUUAGCCCAUUCGGUGGUCAGGCAAGGGCCAGCUUUAUCGGACGCAAUGCACUCGGCGGAAGUCAACGGCAGGGUGGAGGACCAACCGUUGGACCACACCGUGGGCUUACGAGUGUGGGUCUGCACGCGGAAGAAAUGGGCAUCGUGAAGAACAAUCCGCUGCUGAAACACUUUCCAAAUCUGAGCGACAAUUCGGGCUUCAUCAGUGACAAUUCCAAUUCGGUGUCGGAGUUUGAGGAUGAUAUUACGACCGACGUUGAGAAGCAGAUGCAAACCGGCAAACAUCAGCCAAAAAACUUCUCAGGGCGUACCGAAAUGGAUGGCGAACAUCGCCUACAGCAGCAGCAGCAGUUAUCUCAGCAGUCCGCACUGCUUCUUCAUCAUCACCAUCACCUUCAGCAGCAGCACCAGCAGCACCAACAUCAGCAGAAUCCGUUGAAUUCCGGUGGCCAGGAUACGGAGUGCCUGCCCGAGGAAAAUGUAUCCAUUGUCGAAGAACUGAACAACGAAGAAAAGCUCGAAAGCAUGAAGUCCAUCGUGAACGGUACGAUGCGCCGGAAGCUAUACUUCAAUCCCGCCUACUUCGAACCACAUCUUCUAGUUUCACCUCCACCGGCAGCUAUCGAAUUUCUGAAUAAGAUUCGCGAAGUGAUCACGAUCGCCAAGUACAAGAUGUCGGCGAAACGUUUUCAACCCUCGCUUAACAUCAUUCCGGAGGAACUGCAGCCAACAAACGGUUCAGAGACGUACGCCGCCGUGCAAACUGCUCCAGCAAGUCGUCGAAGUAGCUUGAUCAGUUCUCGCAAGGAUAGCUCCAGAAAGAGUGCCUGCUCGGGGUGUCCGGGAUGUGAGAAGAAGGUAGCUACCACCGAUCCAGUAAUGGUACCGUCGAGCAACUGUAAGAAUUGUGGUGACAAGCAGAACAGCAUUCGUAAAUGGCUGGAGGAUGUUUCUUCCACGCACGGAGACGGUAUUGCUGAGGAUCUGUACGAUAGUAAAUCGAAUCUGCUUGCUAGUGGCAGUACCACCGAAACGGAUGGAACAACUCCAACACCGAAACCGGACGGAGGAACCGCAAACGCUGGUUUUGUAGGUGAUCAGCAGACAGAGUCUCCUAAGUCACAAGAUGACCGAACUGCCGCACCUGACUCGAUGCCGAUUCGGCCGGACAUUAAGAAGCAACCGAAAAGCCACCGGCCAUCAAAGACGGGGAGUUUGCACAGCGAUAGUUCGUCAACGUCGGACAAUGAAACGAUCGUAGCAAACAGUGUGAAGGAACGAUCCUCUGUGGUGCGUAUACCGUCCGUCAGCAAAUCGGUACAAUCGGACACUAGUUCGGCACCAAAAAUUGUAUCACACAGUUUGAAGUCGGAUUUGGUUAGUAAGAUGAGCAAGUUCGGUAUGCAGGACGGUGCUGGAGCGUUGAUGAAGAACAGUAGCUUUAUCUACGAGGAGACGCGGUCAGUGCAACCAAGCAAUCAGGAUCUGUACAUCAAGAAUACCAACAAUUCGGUGGCUAAUCUCGACACGAACAAGAUGUACGAUAAGCGAGAUCUUUAUAGCAUUGCCGGUAGUGAGAUCUAUAAUAACCCUCAGUUCGAAGCGUCACCGGUGAUGUCACACAAGAAGCUGACGGUGACACACUCGAGUCAUCAUCAUCAUCAUGGUCAUGGAAAGAAACCCCCAAUACCUAGCGCCGCAGGAGGAAGAGCUCCAUCAGUCGCUUCCAUGUCACUCGUCGCCUCUUCCAGCAAGCGUCGCCAAGAAGUGCUUGAUCAGUAUGCAAACGUCAAACCAAUGAAGCUGCGUAAUAUCAAUCAGAUGCCAGACAUGGUAUACGAGGCUCUCGCGAUGGACCAGCGAAAGAUUCGUUCAUGGUCAGAACGUCAUGCAGAUCGGUUGAUGCCACAGAUGGAAUCGUUAGAUUAUAAUGUCGAUUCUUCGGAUAGUCGCUUCAGCAGCAUCGAUCGCCACGAGCGCUACCGAAACGAGAAGUUCUUUCACGACUUUCUAAACUCGGACCAGGAGUGCAAUACGCUUGGGAACCGAUCGGGGAAGAAUUCCUACACCAAGUAUCAGCCUGACUCACCGAUCUACUCACGCAAAUCGCCCCACUAUCUGAUCGUGGACUACGAAACCGAUAGCUUGGAGCGGGUCACCUCAAAGACACCGAUGAGCUUCAAUACCUCCACGACGAACAGUAGCGAUCUGGGUUCGCAACCAUCACCCUCGCUCAGCACCGCGCUCCCGCUCGAAGAGGAAGUAGAGAUACGCAAUGCCAUAUACGAUCGGGUGGAGGGUUUUAGAAAGGAUACUGACACGAUCAAGACGGAACGCGAAGCCGUCAGUAUCCUGUCCGAUGAGUAUGAAGACGUUCCGCAGGCUUCGUCACUGGUUACGGGGCAGCACGAUUCGGCGCUGGCAAACGCGAGUGGCAAGACGAAGAAAAAGGUACCGAAGAUCAAGUGUGAUACGCCAUUUCAGGGGAGCAUCACGAUCGAGGUGGAACACAGUCCCGACGAUUGCGAUCUGUCGGCGACGGACAGCGAUCAGUUCGAGCCAGAUACACUUGACCGUAAGCCGAAGAAAAAUGGACAGACCAAGGCCGCCGUUAGUCGCCAUCGAAGCAAUGUUUGGGAAAGCGAACGGGGACGCAAUGGAUGUAGUGGAAUCGAGUCAAAUUUAACCUCACUGCCGGCCGAUCUUAACAGUCACUUUGUGCUGAAGUCUGCCGGAUCGUUUAAGCACGAAACAAGCUUCGGUAGCUUGAGGGAGAUUUACGAAUCGAAGAACCCAAAAGCCACUGGACCCGCGGUCAUUCGAAAUUCGCUGAACAAUUUGUCGGAGUUGGACGUAAAGUCGGGGAAGUUGCUUACGCUCGAGACGAGACACUCACGACGUCAGCGUACGAAUGUGGGCGAUGCAAUGAUACCGGCACCGAAGUUGGUUCCGCCAGAUUUGAUACCACCGGAGAAUGCACGACAGACCACCCUGUACGACCAUCCACGGUUGCAGUUGAAGAAGGUGGAAGAUUAUGGUAUUGCACCCAAGAAUUUGGCCUGCUGGAGCAAUAGCGAAAAGCUGUCCAACCCACCGACGGGUCCGGCACCAAAACCAAACUUCUGCACCAACAGCGAAAACUACGAAUCGAUCAACAGUUUUACGGCGGAAAGCGACUCCACUCAGUUCACGGGUAUUUCGGAUAACGAUCGUACAGCGUCCGGUGGCAGUAAUAGUAAUAGUAGCAGUACGGGCAAGAAUCGUAACGCGAAGAACAAGCUUCCCAACUAUAGCCACGUUCACAAGAACCCCGCAGAUCAGUCGCUUUACAUCACCGAGAAGUCGGAGUACGCGAGGAUCGACGAGAAGCAAACGUCGCAGGAGGAGCUUAGUGGAAUACUGGAAAGCUACAUGACGCUUGGGGAGAUGAAUAGCAAGAAUUUCUUGCAGCAGGUGGACAGUAAGAUUUACGACCUGCGAACUCGUCAAUCGCAACAACACCAGCAGCAUCAGCAGUUGAUGAGUAAGGCAAAGUUUAUCGAGGAUAUCGACAAGAUCGAGGUACUGUCGACGAAAACUCUCUCCAACUACAGCUAUCCGAUGAAUCGAAACGGACCGUCGAUCAAUCCGAAGGAUGGUGAAGAUGAGAAACCAUCCAUCUACGAUAUUAGUGCACCUAUUCCAAUCGGAAGCCCAGGUACGGGUUCGCCCACCACCACAAAAGUGUUCCGAGUGGAGUUAAACCAGCCCUCCAACGGUAUGCAGAUCGCGAUGGGACUGCGGGAUCGCGUUAAAAAGUCAAAAGAUUUGAAGAACGCCUGGAAAAAGUUCAUCGGCAUAGCUACGGCUAAGUUCAAUGGGAAGACAGGUGAUCAGGAUCUGGAGAAAACGUCCGAUUCGUCGGAUAUUCUCGAAAAGGACGAAGGUAUAUCGUCGCUGAUUGAUGAUUCGUCAGGUAGUGGUGCGUAUGGCUCACACUACCAGCAGCAGCAACAGAUGCUACGCUCUCAUCAUCAUCACCAUCGGAAACGUUCCGCACAGGGACCAUCGGCAGAGGACGGAGAAAAGCCAACAACCUCACGCAACAUAACGAUCGCGCGCAGCAAUUCGCGGUCGAGCACGAAGGAACAGGACAGUGGUUACAUGAGUGCUGAUUCGAGCGAAUCAAAACUUAACGGUAAGAAGAUCUACGAGCGGUUCAACUUUAGUUCCCAAUCUCCCGACGGUACCGGUACGGAGGGCCCUAUUCUCGAGGAAAACAAGUACGAGAUAUGUGCUCUUCAGGAAUCGAACGAAAAAGCUCCAGCAACACCGGAAGCAAUCGGCACCAAUCGUAGCGGAUCGUCUACGGGUGGAUCUUCUGCGGCCGGGUCCCGAUCGGAUAAAUCGAUCGUCCGUCCCCGUUCGCCACCACCGCCACUUCCCCCACCGAAUGCACCACCACCUCCUCCACCGACGGCUACAAUCCCGACGAAGAAAAUGUCGUCCUCACCGGGUGUUGCCGUGAAGGUGAUUGAAAAGCCCCACAGUAAACCACCACCACCACCGUCACCACCUGCCUCUUCCUCACCCUCCUCAUCCUUGACGACGAUCGCACGAACUGUGACCAUUAACCGGGGGGAGAUGGAAGCGGGUCCAUCGCACCAUAGACUCCAAUCUCCAAAUGGCGUUUUCUUCAACACCUCCGAUGCAAUCAGUGUCCGCGUGUACUCUUCCGACGAUGAGAAGUUUGAGGGUAGUGACAAUGCAUCCUGCAUCUCGGAUGAAGACGAUCUCGACUCACACCUCGACGAUAUCUCCGAAUCUGGAGCGGAGAGUGUCGAAACGCACUCGGUGUUCUUCAAGAACAUACGCAAACCGGCACAUCUGACGGUUGCACCGAGUGCGGAUCGUGCAAUGGCUGCCGCUGUUCAUUAGGAAUUGGUUAGCUUUCUCACUUAUGUAAAUGAAACUCUCUUUCCCAAAUUGUGCAAUAAUGCUGUGCUUCUUUCUAGUUUUCUUUUUAAAUCCUCUUCUACACUUCAUCCAUAAAAAGUUAGAGUUUAAGUAAACCUCAACUCUAGCUAUGUGUAAGGCUAGUUCUGUACAUUACAUUCGACCCGGGGACACAUCCAUUUGGGUCGCACACCGUUCGAGAUUAUUGAGUUAUUGUACCUCCACAAGUAUUGAGCUUAUCCAUGAGUCUGCUCGCUUCAUCGCAAGAAGAAGUGCAGUACAUCCUUUUGACGAUAGCCGACGUUGGAUAGCCGAGUAGAUUAGCUUCUAGUGUAUAGGGUUAGUAGUUUAAAUAGACAAAUCAGUGGCAACUGUGCAAUUUCUUUUAAGGGUUACUUAAGUUGAAUAUUUAUUUUUGAAAAGGCUUGAUGAAAGUGUGCAUAAUUGUGUGAAAAGGAAUGGUUGAGAUUUAUGUGUGUUUGUGUGUGUGUGAUUUUUUCAUUGUGCUUAACUACUGUUAAGUUCUUCUGCUUCUGCUGCAUUUUCGCUUUGCUUGUUAUCAGUUUUGUUAUAAUUGCGUUUUGUUUUGCUUUAUCUGAAUUUCUUUUUGUUCAAUGUUCGUUUUCUGUUCAUUUAAUGUAAUCCUUUUCUUGUGUUUCGGUUUUGUAUAAUUUCUUUUGUUCAAAAUAUUUUCAAAGCUAAAAGCGAAAAUGUAGUUCGUUAGCAUCGAAUGUGAUAUGCGGCAUGCAUUUGCACGUCGUUUUGCAAUAAAUGACAACGAUAGUUGAUUAGGAACAUUUUAGGUUUAACCAUUCCGCAAGGAAACCCCCGUAAUUGCCAGACGGCCUUCCCGCAGGGGUUGUGCCUGUCUGCAUUACACACUAGGCCGGAUAUGUGCAAUAAAAUACAACAAUCCGUGUUAAGGUUUUAGCUUUAAGGCAAAGUUUGUACAAUAAGGACAAGCGAAGGAAGGCAAUACAUCCUAAAGUCGAGCACUAGAAAUAUGGUUUUGUUUUAGUAAGUUUUGUAGCAUCUAUCGAUACGGUGUGGUAGUUGUAGCUUACAUCACGGCUAUAAUACCAAAUAUGGCUUACACACUACUUUUUUGGCUCUAAUAGGUAACUUUCUUGCACGUAGGGAAAUAUCGUAGUAUUAGGUACGGUUGCAAGUAAGUUUUAACCCGUUCGUGUUUUACCUUAUAAGAUACAACUGCAAUAACGCAAUGGCCUCAUUGCUUACAACCGAUGCUCAUUCAAAAGAGUCUUUCGGGCGACGUUAGCUUCAUAAGUACCUGCCAAAAAAGAAAGAAAUAGAGUUAGGAACCAAUUGAAAAACGUUCAAACCCAGGCGUUACAGGUUUCCUCAACAAAUUAGUAGCGAAUAGUAGUUAAACUGUUAGCAAUCUUUAUCGAACACAUAUUUAUUCAACAAAUAUUUGCUUAGAUUCUUAGCGAAUGCCUUGUUAGCGUAUUUUGUUUUUGUUUACAGACUGCAUACUAUUAGUACUUUUCUAUUGCGCCUCCUGUUGGUAAUAUUAUUGCAAGCAAACAUUCCAUUAUUACUGGUUAAGAUUACAGAAUUAUUAAAUAGCAUAGACAUUCCCAUCUCCUGUUUAUUUUCCAUUGUAAUAACCGCUAAGACAUGCAAGCCUAUUUAAUGGAGAGGUGAAAGACAGGAUGUUAAGUGAAGUUGUUCUCUGUUAUUCGUAAGUUUCGUAAAAAAUGCCUGAAGUUGCUCAUCAUUUCGACAUUCGUAAGCUUUGGGGCCGUGUACAGUACUGGCUCGAAGAACGAACGAAAGAAAAGAAUAUGUGUUUUUCCCUACAUUUUUCGAUUAUUUAUAACGAUCGACCAAUUUGUCGUUUUGGCAUAAGUUCUUCUCCCAUAUGACUGUAAUUGAUUUUAUGCAAGUGAAUCGAAUAAAGAACUGUUUUUAAUUAU